AUGAAAAGAAGUACUAGUGGGAACGGACUCCCGCUCCACUCUUCAGGCAACAUCAGGCGGCAAGGAUCCUCCGGUCUACUCUCACAGCUCCGCCGCAUUAGCCCUGGAAGGCUCUUCAUCCUAAUUGGUCUCUGCAUCAUCUCCCUCCUUGCCGUCUUUCGUAUCUCUGGCUCGAACAGCACCCCUCACACCUCUAUUGAGCAGUCCGAGCACGAGUCCAGGAGCGAAGCAGAGCGAGAGCUGAUAGUCAAGCAGAUCCUUGAGACCAGACAGUCAGCUUAUAGCUUUGAUGACUUUACGGAGGAAGCAUUGGUCCUGGAGGAGAAUGCCCACCUCUUGCCGGCGACCGCUAUCUUGUUGGGCUGGAAGCGUCUGGAGGGUCUGAAGUUGAUUGUCAGAUAUCUGGCAAGAUAUCCUUACAUUAAGGAGAUCAUCAUCUGGAACAACAACAAGGAGAACAAACUGUCUAAACGCGACUUUGAGCUCGACCCCAGCUUUGGCCCCUUACCAGAGCUGCAGAUAUACAAUGGCAAGGAGAACCUGCACGACUUUGCAAAAUACAUGUCGUGCUCGUUGGCGAAAUAUCAGCAUUGCUACUUUCAGGACGACGAUUGGCUGAACACACACAUGGAUGCGCUCUAUACCAACUUUUUGACGAGCCCCAAUCUCAUCCACACCAACACCUUGCCAUUAAUUCAUAUGGAGCAUCGUCGAUGGACCUUUACGAAUGAAGAUCGUAGGAUGCAUGCUGGAUUUUCGUGGAUGGGCACUGGAUCUUAUCUUCCCAGAGAGAAGGCACAGCGGUUACUGGAACAGGGCGGAAACAGCAAUCUGGCCAAGGACAGGUUGAGAGUCAUUGACAUGUACUUCUCUAUCUGGACCAACCAGUACCCCUACCAGCUUGUGAACUAUCUCACGCCGCUCGACCAGAAGAACGGAUGGAGCACGGAUGGAGUCAGCGACCACUGGGCCAUUGUCUUCAGGAACAUGCUUGAUGCCGCUGAUCGCCUCUAUUCUGCACUGGUUGCGAACCCAGAGGUGUCAGAAAAGGACUACUUCCCUCGGGAAGAGGAGCUUCCUUAUAUCAAGGACCGUCAUGCUAGAUCACCAUGUUACAACGACAAAUGCUUGUUUAUGACCAGUAUGGACCCAUUCCCAAAUCCUAAGGAUGUUGUAUUUAGUGGCGACCUGCAGACGAUUGAUGAACAGAAUCAAAAGUUCUUUGCACUGGAGUAUCCCAGCAACGAGUUCAUCAGCAAGUUCGCCUAUAUCCACGCGGUCGAUAAUGAUCCCCUGACUUGCUGGAAUAGCUUCAAACUCCCACAAACAGGCGAGUCGUUCGGACUCCAAUUUGUGAAGGCGACACCGCUGAGGAAGUUCACGGUGACAUCUUCAAAAUCAUUAGCCCAUCUGGACGGCAAGUUCACGGUGAUGGUCUCUGACCAAGCAGGCACCGAAUGGACAACGUGUCGCCACUCCACACGAUUCCCAUUCGCACACACCAUGACGUUGGAUAUCUCUUGCCCAUCUGCACCUAACCUGCCCAGAGGACUGGUCCAUAAUGUCAGGAUACAGUUUGAUCAGCCCCUAGAAAAGUCACUGGAAGUGUGUGGCAUGGAUGUAGGCGGCAUGGCUGUUUGA